UUGCUUAUCGAGGGCGAUCACGCUGUCCGCGUUCAUCCCACGCGGCCGAUUUGGUCGAUUCCUUGCUCUUUAUUCCGCCGUUGUCAACCCUCUUCUCCGCGAGAGCAGCGACGAGGCCGAAGAGGAGGACUCCAAGCACGAGAGGAUGCAGAUAUUUGUGAAAACCCUAACUGGGAAGACGAUUACCCUCGAGGUCGAGAGCAGCGACACCAUCGAUAACGUCAAAGCCAAGAUCCAGGACAAGGAGGGGAUACCUCCAGACCAGCAGAGAUUGAUCUUUGCAGGUAAGCAGCUGGAAGAUGGCCGAACCCUGGCUGAUUACAACAUCCAGAAAGAGUCAACUCUGCACCUUGUCCUCAGGCUUAGGGGCGGAAUGAUGAUCAAGGUGAAGACUCUCACCGGGAAGGAAAUUGAGAUUGAUAUUGAGCCCACUGACACCAUUGACAGGAUCAAGGAGAGAGUAGAGGAGAAAGAAGGGAUUCCACCUGUACAGCAGAGGCUGAUUUAUGCGGGUAAGCAACUAGCUGAUGACAAGACUGCUAAGGAGUACAACAUCGAAGGAGGUUCUGUCCUCCAUCUUGUGCUUGCUCUGAGGGGUGGAUGUCAAAAUUUUUAGGUAUCCAGUGCGGUUCCCCCUGUUGCCAUGGGUUCCGGAGCUCUUGCGGAAAAGUGAAGAUCGACAAGCGACAGUGUCUUUCUGGAAGAUGUAAUAAGCGGACUGGGUUGCUAUGUUGCACUUGUUGCUACUAUUCGAAGGAAUUUGAAUGUUGCUCCACAAGUAAAUGAACUGUACAUCACCAACCUAUGAACUGAUGCUUUGGUUUUAUGGAAAUCCAAAAAAUGUGCUUUUAUGAUUCA